CAUCCUUCCAGAGUCUGUCACUUUUAUUUUUAUCACUUAUCUACCAUAACCCUUAACUCACUCUACUCUCAUCCCUUAUAUAAACCCGCCCUUCUAUCCUCUCUUCUUCAUUCCAUUCAGUUAUCCACUCAUGGAUCUUAUUCCCGAUCUUCCUUAUGACGUCGCUCUUCAAUGCUUACUUCGCCUCUCUUACAACCAGUUCCCUACUGUUUCCUCUGUUUGUAAAAGCUGGAACCACCAGAUUCAUCUUCCUGAGUUUAGCCGCCACCGUAAAGCGGGAUGCCAUAGCCAAAAAUUAGUCCUUCUAACCCAGGCUAAGGUCGAUCCGAAUAAUAAUUCUGGUUUCGCUAAGAGACUGGCUAACCCGGUUUAUAGGGUUUCUAUUCUGGAGGUGGGUUCGGGUCGUUGGUCUGAGUUGCCGCCGAUUCCUGGGUUUUCUUCUAGUGGGUUACCGUUGUUUUGCCAGGUGGUGGUUGUCGGAUCGGAUCUUGUUGUGAUGGGUGGGUUGGACCCCGUUACUUGGGAGGUUUCGGGGUCGGUUUUUGUUUUUGAUUUUUUGUCGGCCACGUGGCGGCGCGGAGCGGACAUGCCAGGUGUACGACGGUCGUUCUUUGGGUGUGCGUCGGAUGGUGAUCGGACGGUGCAUGUUGCUGGAGGGCAUGAUGCAGAGAAGAACGCGUUGAGGUCAGCAAUGGCUUAUGACGUGGAAAGAGAUGAGUGGGCCCACCUGCCUGACAUGACAAAAGAACGAGACGAAUGUAAAGGAGUAUUCCUACGUGGCAAAUUCCACGUCAUCGGUGGAUACUCCACCAAUGCUCAAGGCCGUUUCGAGAGAAACGCCGAAGUGUUCGACGGAGAACAGUUUCAGUGGGGCCAAGUACAAGACAACUUUCUAAAAUCUGCCUCAUGUCCUAGGACAUGCACGGUCGGCGAUGACGAGGAUUACUAUAUGUGUCAUGAAGGUGAAGUAAUGGCACUAAGAGGAGACACGUGGCAGACAGUGUCCCAGCUACCCGCUGAAGCACUCAAGGUGGCAUGUGUGAUGACGUGGCAGGGGAAGUUGCUGGUGGUUGGUUGUGCAAGAUUCGGUGAGCCCCACAUGGCUUACGUGUUGGAUUUGAAGAGUUACGAGUGGACAUAUAUAGAAACUCCUAAAGAAUUUUCUGGUCAUGUUCAAUCGGGGUGUUUCUUGGAGAUUUAAAGUCUGAAGAUUUUGUUUUAUAAAUACAUGCUUUUAUAUAUAAUUAUCUCAAUUAAGUCAAAUAAUUAUACAUUUUCUCAAA